UCGGGUUUGUAGAAGUGGGGUGAGCGACUCGACUCGCCAUCUCGAACCCAUCUGGCCAACCACAGAUUGAGCCCUGAUUGGUCGGGCGGCCGGCCAAUGGCAGCUCUUCUUGUAGUCAGCUCAACUGUGGCGGGCUUCAGUCUGCGGCUUUGCCUCGCACCGUCGGGGUGUGUUUCGUCUCUCGGUCCUAAACACUUUCUCACGAGAUAUCACUCACAGUGCACCACUCUCUUAUCGCGUUAUAUCCCUUCUUAGCAGGAACCCGGUAAUCAACACGUCUUCGUUCAUCAUUGCUCCAGAAUCAGUGAUGCCUCGGUCUUACCUGAUGAAAGGGGUGCAGGACUCCCCUCCGCCAGAUGCCUCCACCACCUCUCCCAGCCAGCCCGGCUCCUGGGAGUACCGCAGUGCCUUCCAGUUCGUCGUCUGCCAAAAGUCGGCCCUUGGUCUGGGACAACAACCUGUCUCCAACUGGGCUCAUCCUGCCACAGCGGUGUGGGGAGCCCCUCAAAGUGGUCUGCCUCUGCUAUGGCCUCCGCCCUCGCUCUUUCUGCCCUACAGUCCUCCAUUGCACUUGUCGCCGGACAGGGCAGCAUACACCCCCGACCCGGCCUACACGCCCGAAAAGGCAAAAACUGAAGAUGAAGUGCCCCUCAACCUCUGCACAAGACCAAGAAAAGCACUGGAGAUCUGGUCACCUGCAAGUUUAUGCGAAAAGGAAGAAUCUCCUCAAUCAGCUACCUCAUCACAAACGACGCUCGAGAGAACAUUCCAGUGUAUGCAGUGUGGCAAGACGUUCAAGCGCUCGUCGACGCUGUCCACUCACCUGCUCAUCCACUCGGACACACGGCCUUACCCCUGCCAGUUCUGCGGCAAGCGCUUCCACCAAAAGUCCGACAUGAAGAAGCACACCUACAUUCACACUGGCGAGAAGCCUCACAAGUGUGUGGUGUGCGGCAAGGCGUUCAGCCAGUCGUCAAACCUCAUCACGCACAUGCGCAAGCACACAGGCUACAAGCCUUUCAACUGCGGCCUCUGCGAGAAGGCCUUCCAACGCAAGGUAGAUCUGCGCAGGCAUCGCGAGAGUCAGCACCCCGGAUCGCCGCCUCCACCGCCCCCGGCGUCACACAAUGCUGUCACCAGCAGUACCACCUGAGGGGGUUACCACCUGAAGGCGCCACCAUCUGAAUACGGCACCACCUGAAGGCGUCACCACCUGAAGACGGCACUACCUGAAGGCGUCAUCACCUGUCACAACCUUAAGGCGAACCGUCAACCACAAGUCUUCCUCAGACGCGUCAUCUGGCAGUUGCCACUGCUAUUCAACACUCAUUCACAAAUGAGGAGUUCGAUCGCAUCAAAUCUAUUAUAAAGAAAUUUUACUACUUACUUAUCUGCAGAAACCUGUCUUGAGUUGGUUAUGUUUUAUGUAUGUUACGAAUGUUCACCUACUUCAUUCGACAUUUCCUUGAUUUCUUAUUGUUUUGUUUUGUCAACAACUGAUAGUUGGUCACCAAUAGCUGAUAGACUGUCUUUACUGGCAACGUUGUCUGCUACAUAUUUCCUAUUUGUGGCACUAUUUGGACUGUAAACGUAGAUGAAUACAUAAAAUGAUAAAUCAACUGAAAUCCAAGAAUAAUCUUCUCAACUAUGAAUUCCUUUAAAUGAUUUCUCAUGGUACAACUUGUAUAAAUUAAAUUGAAGAAGAAUUAUUGUAAUUGUCAAAAUAGCCCAUUCUGAAUAUGAAAGUUCUCUAGAAACUUCAAAAUUUCAAGUCGAGAUAUCAGAUCGCAGAAAAAAAUAUA